CUCCUCGAGCCAUCGUAGGGAAAAAUCAGUCACUAUUGGAUGAGGCUUUCCCUAAGCAUGAGAAAUUCUAUACCGACAGUCUCCAUUCUCAUGGAACCGCGCCAUUGUGCAUGAAAUCAGUGUUUGAGAAGUUACCACCUAAGAUUUUGAUCUUAUUCCAUCUGUUGACCAAAAGGGUCAUAUCAAGAUGGAAAACGCAUAUGGGAUUGGUGUGAAAAAUAGAUAUGAACUAUUUUAUGAUGAAGAUGUUGACCCGUUGGAAAUUAUUCGACAACAGGAGGAAGAAAAGGAAAAACGCAAGUCGGAUAAAAGUCAUCCCAAAGACAAGAGUAAAACCACAAAAACAGGAAAAAUAACCCCUGCCACUGCAUUAUCAAAAAAAUCUAAGGACAACUCUACGAUAACCCCUCAAAAACCUUCAGAAACGACAGAAAGUUCUAACAAGUCGAGGCCUAGACCAUUUAGUGAUCGGAAUGCUAAAAAUUCCAGGAGUUUUGAGGAUUCAAAAGAUAUUGAAGAAAGGAAGAAUUUUAGAAAUCGUGAAGAUCAUGGCCUUAAUACUGAAAACAGGGAAAGGGAUUCAGAACUUCGUAGAGGUCGAGGUGGCUUUAGAGGCCGAGGAAGAGCCCGUGGUCGAGGUGGUUUCUUCAACUAUGAUAACCGUCCCCCACGCAGAGAAUUUGACCGCCAUAGUGGAAGUGAUAAGUCAGGUUUGCGUGCUACUGACAAAAGAGAAGGUGCUGGAGCAAAUAACUGGGGAGAUAUGAAAUCUGAAUUUAGUGCUGCCAAAAAGGAACAGGAACCAACUUGGGGAGAUGAUGAAUUUGAUGCAUCUGGGGAAAAGCAAACAGAUUCUAGCUGGGGUGAAAUUUUGCCUGAAAACAAUGUUUCGAGUCCUGGGAAAGAUGAAGGACAUGGAGAGAAAUGUGAUGAUUCAUUAAAUGAAAACGUGGAAUCAAAAGAAAACUUGCCAGUAUCUGAAGAACGCACUGAGGAAACUGCCAGGGAAAUGACUUUAGAUGAAUGGAAACGUGAGCAGGAGGCAAAACGGGCUAUUCCUAAAUAUAACAUCAGAAAACCUGGAGAAGGCGAAGACGGGAAUCAAUGGAAAAAAUUGUAUGUGCUGAAGAAAAAGGUUAAGGAAGAUGACGACGAUGAAGAAGAUGAUGAUGAAGAUGUUGAUGAUGAUGAGUUUGCUCGGAGAGGGCGUCAGCGACAACUGGUAGAUAUUCAGAUAAACUUCAACGAUUCUCGCCGAGGUCGUGGAAGAGGGCGUGGUUCAAGAGGUAUUGGUCCAAGAAGUGAAAGAGGUGCAAACACUGGUAAAGAUGUUAACAGAGAAGAUCGUAGAGAUAACCUUAGUGGACCAAGUGUUGGUGGUCGAAGCUAUCGUGGAAGCAUGAAAAUAAAUAAAUCUGGCCAACAAUCUGCUCCAAGGGUUGAUGACUGGAAUGAUUUCCCGUCUUUGGUUACAGCUUAAUUCCAGCCAAAAAAAAAGUGUAGUUAACUCCUAACUUGCGACUGAAGCGUUCAAUGCAAAUCCUUAUUUGAAUACUGUUCCAUGAAAGACUGGCAAGAUAAGGACUACAAAUCCUGAGAAAUACUUCCUUGUAGGCUUAACUAUACGUACCCUAUGCACACUUUUCAAGGACUUAUCCAAUUAGCAACGAAUAAUGACAAGAGUGCAGCAAUAUGACUUUAAAUUUGUGUACUUAACCUUAUUCACUCGGGCAUGUUAGUUAAAUCUGCAACCUAGAGUGUUCAGUGAAAUCUGUAUAACAGAUAAGUGGUGAAGAAAUUUACUCAUGCCUUAUUUUAUUCAAUAGUUUUGAUCUGACAAUAUGAAGAUCAAAUGGUCAUGUGAAGUAAAUGACAUGUUACUUAUGGGAACAGUAAUUUCCCAGCUAAUUAUUGACGUGAAAGUUCAUUUAAGGUUGCAAGCAUAAAUCAAAAUUAGUUAUUGUUGAGAUAACUUAUAAACUGUUAACAAGAGUUUUGUAAUCGUUUGCAAAAAUUGUGAUUUUAAAAGCUUUAAUUUUUCUUGUUUGUGCUAGAAUUUCUAUUCAUUGAAUGUGAUAAAGAAAUUAAUUUGCAUGUUAACCAUUUAAAUGUGUUUUGUGUUCUAAUAUGACAAGUUAAUUUUCUUAAGUGAUGCUUCCUUGUAUUAGCUAUGUGUUUUUCCAAAUAAUCUAGUUAUUUAGUUGUUUCUUUAGCCCUUUAAAAAUGUUAAAACAUUUAUUUUCAGAAAUUGAUAAUAUUUCAUAUGUCUAGUCAUGGUGCACUGUACUGUUUUUGCCCCUUGAUCUUAAGUAGAAGACUUGCUGGGAGGGGAGAAAAACUGCAUUUGCUGACAUUCAUGAUAAAUCAAAGUUGCUUGAGUCUCUUAACAAGCAGUAUUGAUCAACUUUUGAAGUUUUUAUAUAUUUUUCCAGCAUGUGAGAAUUAGUGAGAUCAAAUUUAAUUUAUGCUUAUUUAAAAAUCAUAAAGCAUACAUUAUUUUGAAUUGAAUGAUAAAUUUUCAUGCAAAGAGCCUUAUAUCCCUAAAUAGACUAUCUUGAGGAUUUACCAUAAUAUCCUAAAUAUAAUUCUGUAUAAUGUGUGUAAAUAAUUAAAAUAUGUGGCUUGAUAAACAUUGUAUUAUAGAUAAGUGCUUUCAGAAAAGACAAAUUUUCUCUAUGCAAAACAGUUAUACAUAUUGAUAGUGUCUUAAAAGUUAGAUGAGCAUUAUUUUUUUUAUGUACAUUUUAAUAGCAAGAGUUUAUCAUCAACUAAUGAUAAAAUUUAUUGUAUCAUUAUAUGAAUAUUCCGAAGCAAAUAAACCAUUUUUGAGGGCAGAAACUAUAGCUAAAUCUAAGUGAUAUUCUAAGAAUUUCAUUACAUCAUUAUAACUACAAAUAAGGAUUGUGUAGUUAAUUUUAUAAUAAAACUCAUUUGUUCUUUUG